GCCCGGGGUCCAGGAAAGCAGAAACGCCAGCUCUCGUGCUGUUUCCUGGCAGUCGGCAGUGACACAGGAUUGCUGGUCCCUGUGUUGAUUUGUCUUUUAGAGAAGUUUGCUUUUGUUCAGCAUAGUUUGCUGUCGUGGGAUACAUCUAAGACAAUUAUAAUCAUGGGGCAAGCUGAUGUCUCCAGACCGGUAAAUCCAGAUGCAGUCGAAGAAGCAGAGCAGCCCUCUGGAGAUCCAGACAUGGUCAUGGGCAGUGUGGAAUCAGGAGACACAACACCUCCCACCAAAAGAAAAAGCAAGUUCUCAGGUUUUGGCAAGAUCUUCAAGCCAUGGAAAUGGAGGAAAAAAAAAAGUAGUGAUAAAUUUAAAGAGACGUCAGAAGUUUUAGAGCGAAAAAUAUCUAUGCGAAAACCAAGAGAAGAGCUGGUUAAAAGAGGGGUUCUGUUGGAAGACCCUGAGCAGGGUUAUGAGGAUGCAGGAAAACUGAGCCAUGCCACAUUAAAGAAUGGCCACACCACCCCCAUAGGAAGUGCCAGGUCGUCUAGUCCAGUCCUAGUGGAAGAAGAGCCAGUGAGAGUAUCAAGUCUUCGAAAUCUUAUUCCAGAGGAGGAUCCAAAGAAGAGACUAGGCUCAACCGGAAGCCAGCCCAACUCUGAAGCCGAGUCUGCUCCUGAGCAUGCACCUAAGCAGCCUUUGGUCCCUCCAAGCAGAUCCUCAUCCUCUUCUUCCGAAGCAAGUGAAGGGCAAGCAAAGGACAUCAUGUCUGGCAGCACAGUGAGGUCCCUGUCCUCCAUUUCUGGCUCUACCACCACCACGCCUGCUGUCACCACUGCUGCCACAGACGUGACAAAGACUGCUAAUUCCUUUGUCACCCCUACCCCAGCCCCCAGGACUCUGCCUGCUGCUCCUGCCAGCACUAACACUACUGUCACUCAUACAGCUCCUGCCAAGCAACCCCCAAUCCCACCCCCUAAACCAGCUCACAGAAACAGCAACCCUGUCAUUGCUGAACUGUCCCAAGCAAUGAACAGUGGUACACUGUUGCCGAAACCGUCCCCACCCUUACCACCCAAGAGAGGCAUUCCGUCAGCCUUGGGACCCACCUCAGAGCCUGCUGCUUCACCCACAACAAAAACAGCAAGUGAUCAAAGAGAAAAAACUGUCUCUGUGUGGGAACCACCGCUGAUGAUCCCGCCGUCCUCCCCAUCGCCCCCGCUGCCUACCCACAUACCUCCAGAGCCACCACGGUCCCCAUCGUUCCCUGCUAAGACUUUUCAAAUUGUGUCAGAAGUUGAGUUUUCCCCUCCUUUAGAUCUAUCCCAGGACCUUUCCCAGCAGGAAUAUCAGAAAAAGGAAGUCCCCAAGAAGAUACAGGACCAGAGUUUUGGGGAGCCCCAUGUACCCUCCAGGCUGCCCCCACUCCCACUGCAUAUCCGAAUUCAGCAGGCCCUUACUAGCCCCCUUCCCGUGACUCCUCCCUUGGAAGGCGCUCACAGAGCUCAUUCCCUGCUGUUUGAGAGCAGUGACAGCUUCUCUGAGGACAGUGGUACCCUGGGGCGGACCAGGUCACUUCCCAUCACGAUUGAGAUGCUUAAAGUUCCAGAUGAUGAUGAAGAAGAGCAGGCCUGCCCGUUGGCACUUGCUGAAGAUAUGACACCUACCUCGGGCACUCCUAGACUACCACCGUGUCUGCAAGAGGAAGGGAAGGAGAGUGACUCCGAUUCAGAGGGCCCCGUUCAGUAUCGAGAUGAAGAAGAUGAAGAUGAUGAAGAUGAAAGCCAUCAGAGUGCUCUGGCCAACAGAGUGAAGAGGAAAGACACGCUGGCAAUGAAGCUGAGCAGCAGACCCAGUGAGCCAGAGUUGAACAUGAAUUCCUGGCCUCGUAAAAGCAAGGAGGAGUGGAAUGAAAUACGGCACCAGAUUGGGAACACGCUGAUCCGGCGACUGAGUCAAAGACCGACCGCAGAGGAGCUGGAGCAACGGAACAUACUACAGCCUAAAAAUGAAGCUGACCGGCAAGCAGAGAAGCGGGAGAUUAAGCGUCGGCUCACUAGAAAGCUCAGUCAAAGGCCGACUGUGGCUGAACUACUUGCCAGGAAGAUCCUGCGGUUUAAUGAGUAUGUGGAGGUUACAGAUGCUCAGGAUUAUGACCGGCGAGCAGAUAAGCCAUGGACCAAACUGACUCCUGCUGACAAGGCUGCCAUAAGAAAAGAAUUAAAUGAAUUUAAAAGCUCAGAGAUGGAGGUUCAUGAAGACAGCAAACAUUUUACACGCUACCAUCGCCCGUGAUGCUGAUCGUGAAGAAGGGACUAAAGGACCAUGGGAAAGCAGAGCUGCUGUGUUGCUUGUCUCCAGGGCAACCAUAGCACUUCCCACACCACAGCCAGAGCUGCUCUGGGAUCUGGUUCAGAGCUGAACAGCACUUCUGUGAAUGUAGCCUUCCACUGUAACGGAUUCUCCUGGGCUGCCAUUGGAGAGAAAUGAGACACCCAAUGUUUUUGAACCUCCUCACAACACUGCAGCAGACUUGAGGGCUUUCCUCUCGCCAGCCACCUGAGCUCGGGCCCUUGAAGGCUCUGAGUUUUACUGGCGGCAGCACACCCUGUCCCAAGAGGCAAUUUGUGCCAUUAGCCUUAACCGCCUCCCUGUUUGUGCGACCGACCAUGUAGGCGUCCAUCCUCUUGCCAGAACAACCCUGGAGGCUCUACCGUGCUCUCUAGCAAAUGGGCCCCCACUCCUGAAUGCUUAGACCUCCCUGGCAUGGCAGUCAAAAGAUUGCACUGUCCCUCCUGGAUGACCAGUGAGGCCCCCAGGAAGCUUGGUGUCUGAGCUGUCCCUCCUUUGACACCUGUCAUCCCAGCUCCUUUGUUUAGAGGCAAGAUCUGAAACUGGCUCAGACUAGCCUGUACCUCGCUAUAUAGGCCAGGCUGGCCUCAAACAUUGUCUCAGCCUCCCAGGUGCUGGGAUUACAAGCAUGAACCAUCAUGCUUGGCUCUCAUCCUGGUCCUUAUUUUAAAGUUAUCCUAAAGAAAUGAUGGAAAUCUAUUUGUUAAAACAGUCUGAACUGUAAUCAAGCUGUUCAAUGAGAGUGUCAAGUAUAGUUUCUAUACAAACCAAGAAAAAGGCCUUAAUAUUAAUGCCAGUUUGGCAGAGCCUGACUCAUGGGUUAGACUCCUUAGACUAAGCAUACAUUCCUUGUACCAAAUGAUAUUGUUAGUCACUUCAGCCAGUGGGUGGGGCACUGUGUGCUGCUGGCCCUCCGUACUGCACAGUGCCUCUUUACUCCAGUAGCCGCUGCUUCUCUCCGGCAGCCUUCACCUCACUUGCCUUUCCAUGCUGUAGCCAGUGUGGUUGGUGCCUCAGUUUUUAGAUCAGGCCCUCCCCAUUUGUAUUUGUGAUGUAAAUGUGAUUUCCCAAAGCGAAUCUGGUCUGUGCCUCAGAGUUUUCUCUUGAAGCCCAUACAGCCUCACCUCUCCCUCCCAAUCGCUCUUCACGUUCUAGGUGGAAAAGAAAUACAUCCUAGUUUUUCUUCUUCUUUUAGUCUGCAACUCAGUCUGUAGCUCAGCCAGCCUUUGACUUGAGGUCUCCCUCCCGGCUUCCCGCCCGGGAUCGUAGGAUCAUGCGUCCACAGGCAUAGCCGGUUCCUCCUCACCCACCAUUUAGUAAACUGUGAGUUUUGAGUGCUUCCUCUGCACCCCUCUUUUCUCUCUGUGUUCCCUCAGCAGUGUUCUCCUUGUUAACACCGCACUUGCGGAAGAUUUAGAAUAUAGGGCAAACAAAAGCUAAAGUGACCUUAAAAUAGGACUUCCUUCUCUUCGGAGUCCUGUCACUAUCAGGUGGUUUCUGGUUAUGGAAACAGGGCUGCCUCCCCACUUCCCCACCUCUUCACCACCCCCUCCCCACCCCCUCACCCUCCACCUCCUCACCACCUCCCCAGCUCCCCUCCUCCCCACCUGCUCAAAGCUUGUUAACACUUGGGUUAAGGAGGGAGACCAAUGACAGUUGGAAGAAGUCUAGACACAAGGUUGCCAUAAUUGCUGACCUGAUCAUUCAGCAUCCUCUUUUGUGAUUGUAUUUUGUUCAGUGUGCUCAAGAUGGAAUCCAAGUUCUCACAAGCUAGGCCAGUUCUCUGUGCCACUGAGCUGUCCUCAGCCCUGUGUCCCAACCACACUUGCUUUCCUGUUGGUUUUAGAGACUGCAUAUGCCUUCACUGUCUGUGGCUGAGGUGACAUUUUCUCUUCUGUUUUAUUAGCUGUGGUCUCAUGUAGCCCAGGCUGGCCUCAAACUCACUAUAUAGCCAAGGAAGACCUCAACCUUCUGAUGGUCCUGCCUCCACCUCGCAAGCACAGGGAUUGCACCAUGCCUGUCAGCAAAACAGCCUUUCGGUUGUCUUCCACCGCUGCUGUCCCUCACCGUGCCAAGCCUGAGCUACCCGUCUGCUCCUGGGCCACCAGCGCUCAGAUUCACUCUUCAUCUCGUUUGUUAGGGCAGCAUCUAGUCAGUGGUUCUGUUUUAAUGUAUAUAAGAGCUGACUUUGUGUUUUCUCUCUGUAAUUUGAAGUCACAGUCGUAAUGUAAAGCCUAGCAUAUUGUAACGUCAGAAUGUCCCCUAAUGUACAGAAUCAUGUAAAAUAAAUAAUUACAUUGUAUAUCAGUCUUC